CAUCUCUUGCUUCGCGGUUCCUCUAGCUCAAACCUGUAUCUCUCUAUGGAAAAAGGCGGGGCAUAUGGAAGAACCGGUAUUCGCUCCUCUCACACAGUUCCAUUUUAAAAAAUAUGGGGGAAAGUCGAGAAGCUCCACACUUAAUUCGGGCAUAGAAGCCACGAAAGUCCCAUCUUGAAAGUGAAUUUAGUCCCAAAUCCAGACAUAAAGGAAAGAGGGAAAAGGGCAUAACUUCUCUUGCCCUUCUCCAACAUGGACUCUGAAUCCGGAAGACUGCAAUGAUCGGGUAACCUGCCCUUCCCCCCGAAGAGACCAAUCGCUGGUACGGGACUGCGUGACGUAAGAGAUGUGCCAGUGGCGGUAUCCAUUCUGGGCGGGGCGAUGAGGCCAUACUUUUGUGCUUGUUGCCAUGACUCCUCCUCCUCCGUCCCCUCGGCCUGCGGGCAAGGGGUGGGCCCGGGGUGGGCCUCGGAGGAGCCUCCGCCCCCUCGGCCUCUUCUCCGCCCUGGGACCCCAGGCGCUGUGGAAGAAGGGAGGCGCAGUUGUACGAGAAGGGCACCCUGGGGAAGUGCAGGAAGCCGGUGACUGAGGCGGAGGAAGGUUACGAACUGCCCUUGGUUGGCAAGGGGAGCUGAAGCACCGCGUUUCGGCUCCAAGAAUGGCCGCACACGGAGUCCGCAGCCUACGGGCCACCUACCACCGCUUUCUCGACAAGGUGGAGCUGAUGCUGCCGGAAAAACUAAGGCCCCUCUACAACCACCCGGCAGGUCCUAAAACUGUGUUUUUCUGGGCACCAAUUAUGAAAUGGGGCUUGGUAUGUGCUGGAUUGGCUGACAUGGCUAGGCCUGCAGAAAAACUCAGCACAGCACAGUCUGCUGUAUUGAUGGCUACAGGGUUGAUUUGGUCAAGAUACUCUCUUGUUAUUAUUCCUAAAAACUGGAGUCUAUUUGCUGUUAAUUUUUUUGUUGGUGCUGCAGGAGGCUCUCAGCUCUUUCGUAUAUGGAGGUAUCAACGAGAACUAAAAAGUAAAGAACUUCAAAAGUGAUCGCUGAACAAAACCAGAAGCAAUUACCACCACCAAAGGGACCUAGUUUGAUUAAUUGUAUUUGGUUUUCAAAAAGAUAAUGCUAACAAUGUUAAUGUUUGCAAGAUGAUUCUGAAACAGUAGCCUUAUAAUGAGCACCUUGACAACUGAAAAUAAAAUACACUUUUAGUAA